AUGGCUUCGGGUGACCACACAAGCUCGAGCGUGGAGCUCUACGAAUCCGGCUUGACCGUUCGUUCAGACUCGGAGAAUUAUUCGGCCAACAAUGAGUUAUCCGAGUCGACGUCGAGUUCCCCUCUGAUCCUCUACAAACCCCCUACAAUCUGGAGUAUCUUGCGAGGCGCCGCCAUCAACCUGGUUCUUCCCUUCGUGAAUGGACUCAUGCUGGGCUUUGGUGAACUAUUUGCACAUGAAGCAGCCUUCCGCCUAGGAUGGUCUGGCACGAAGAUUUUCCCUACCUAUCGGAGAUCAGUCGGUCCUGGUGUGGAGGUUCGAGAAGUUCCAUCACGGAGGAAUAACAGUUUGCGAGACACGGCGUCUUUGGAGUAA